AUGAAACUUCUUCUACUCGCUGCCGUUGUUCUACUCCAGAUCUGUGCUGCAUUCGGAGUUGAACGGAGAAAAACGACAUUCACGGUUAUGAUAGUCACCAAUAAAUUGUACGAGGAGGAAGAGGUAGAGAAUGACUUAGAAGAGUUGAACAACGAGCUUUAUGAACUUUACAAAAACUAUGGAAAUGAACUGGACAUCACUGGUCCUUCUAUGAAAAAAAGCACAAAGAACAUCAGCGGCUUGUUUUCCGCCGCUUACAGAAGCAUAAUUAGACUCGAAGAUUGUUCGAAGAUAAAAGAGUCCGCAAAAAAAGUUCGGCUGGAAAAGAAUUCCAUGAUCCUGUAUGUUGAGAUCAAAUGCAAAUUUCGCACGCUGAAAUUCAUCAACAAGAAGAACGUGAAAGUGGGUUUUCGAUCGCCAUGGAGGACAAAUCUAGUUAAAACAGAAGAAAAUGAUCAGAGUUCUCUGUAA